AUGGCAGAAGUCACAGCAGCCACCACCAGGACUGUCGCAAAGCUUCAGCAGGGGCAGGACAAGAUCAAGGUGAUGCAUUUCAGCGAUGAGCACCAUGCUCACCAGAUUGCAGCAGGGUCAGUCCUCAACCUGUGGGAGGAGAGGAAAGCUCAAGAGCGAACCCAAGCAGAAGACCGCCGAAGGAAGAGCAGCCUCGGCAGCGAUGGUGAUGCACAGCAGGCCGCGCAAGGGGCAGCACAGCGGCCUCCCAAGACCGGCAGGCAGAGGAGAUCGUCCAGCAGGAUCCAGCUGUGGGCAGAGGCUCGGAUCCCCCUGACGAGCAGGCUCUCACCGAGCAACAGCGGCAAGAACAUACAAGUUGAGCUUGCGCCUGCAACAGCCGACCAUGGUGAUAAGACACAGGGCAGCACCGCUGCUGGCCCAGCCCCAGAACAAGAGCAGGUGCCGUGCAUGACGCAGUAUCAAGGCGCUGUGUUGAUCGCGGACAUCACAGGUUUCACUGCUCUCACAGAGGAUCUGGGGAGGCGAGGGACAGCAGGGGUUGAGCUGCUGACUCGCUGCAUGAACAACUUCUUCACCCUUGUCAUCCAGACGGUGGUGGUGCAUGGGGGUGAUGUCAUGCGAUUUGCUGGGGACUCGAUGAUCUGCGCAUUCCUGCCCACGCCCAAGGAGGCGGCGUCGCAUGACCAGGGCCUGGCAGCAGCCACCCUGCGCAGCGUGCAGUGCGCAUGGGCCCUGGCAGAAUCUCUCGGCUCCAUGCGCAUGCUGAUGGAUGGGAAGGUUGCGCCCGUGCCCAAGACCGAGCGAGUCCAGCCGCAGAUGCCGUCUCGGGGGUCUGUGGACAGGGGUUCAGAUUCAACCCCGCUGUGGCGGCGCACACUUCGCAUGUCCACGGACACACAGCCCCGCUCGAACGCCCUGGAGGCGUUUGACAGGCACAGCAAACGGGGCGAAGCCCUUGGAAGCCAAGGCGCCAGCCAGCCAAGCAGAGAAGGGCCCUCAGGCUGGCGCGCUAGGCACCUGUCCCUGUCAUCAUCUCAAGGGGCGUCCCAAAGCAUUGAGAAGUCUGAUGAUCUGAGGAGGGCCCAGUCCUCGUGCUCCUCGGCAACAUCAUCCGCUGCUUCUAUUGGCUCCUUGCCAUCUGGCACCUCCAGCCAGCGACAGGCGGCCCAGACACGACAGCGCAGCAACUCUGCAGGAAUGACGGGGAUGCUGCAGAGAUUGGUGAGCAGCAGGCGAGCAUCAGGGCAUGGCACACAGGACAGCAGCUCGCCAUUCGACUCGCCCACGCCUUGGCAGUCACCGCGGGUCAGCGAUCACUAUGAGGCUCACAGUCCUGUCCGGCAUCGCUCUGAGGGGGAAGACACCCAGACUGGGACCGUGCAUGUGAUCAGCAAAGGGAGUCCUAUUGUGCCGCGGCCUCGCGGCUUGUCAGAAGGCACAGAAGGCAGUCAGCUCAGGGUCAGCCGGCUGCAUCCUGACGGCGCACCUGCAUCUCCUUUCAUCAAGCGGUCAUUGCCAGUGGCGAGCGUUGUAAGAGCUCCAUCGGAGCCUCCGUCAGCGCCAGAGGCCGCAGCAGAGUCCAGCGCGAAACAGAAGCUCGCGCCGGGCCUCCACAGCCUGGCCGCCAGCAAAAAGCAGGCCGAGCCCGAGGAGUCGUUCGGCGGCGUACCUCUCGAGGCCUACUUCAGGCAGACAUCCAUCGCCGCGCACCGGCCGCCGCACAUUCCUGUCAUGCGCACAGUGGCAGAGGUCAACAGCGAAGAUCCCGGCCUCGCCCCAGUCUCCAGUCUGGAGACUGCAAGCAGUGUAGGCUCCAUCGCCAGCAACAUGGCAAACGUGCCAAGCCUGGACGUCAAAUGGGAUGUCACAACAUCCAAGUUUGUGUCCUCGGCCCCGGGAUCGCUGUCCCACAGGGAGAUCAGCCAGUUUGUGAAGCAGCGGCUGGAGGGCCCGGCACCGGGCGCGCAGGACAUCGCGUUGUUGGUGGACACGGCUGUCGGCGACCGCAUCCGCACGCAGCUGCGCACCCUCUACAAGGACUCCCUGAACAUCAGGAAGGCGGAGAGGAUCGCCGCAGCCAGGGCAUCCCUGAUGUCCAUGCCAGAGAGCAAGCGCGCCAAAAUCAAUCCUUUCCGCAGCGACAACAGCCUCUCUCUGGGAGCGCGCAGCGGCAGCUUUGGCACUGACGUCCCGAAGAUACAGAAACGAACCAGUGUACAGCUCGUCGGCCCUAUUGUUAAAGAGGCGAGCCUGGCUAUAGAACCCGCCUUGCCCCGCCCAAAGGCACCAGAGCCGAGCCAUCUCCUGGCAGAGAUGGAGCCUCUAACCCGCUGGGGACCGGGGCCUGUCGCUGAAAGCAUAUCAGACGACAAGGAGGUGCCUCCUGUGUCAAGCAUGGCAGCUGUUGAUGAAGUGCCAACGGAGCAGAUCGCAGAGGCACCAACAGCAGCCGCUGGAAGCCGGCGAGCCACGCGCGCAUCAGGCGGCUGGGGAUUCGACUGGUUGUUGAAAAGGAGGAGCAAGGACAGAGCUUCGCGCGUCAAGUCCCGCGGAUCUCUCAUGCCUCGCAGAUGGAGCUCGGUCCAGAUGAACAAGAGCAAGGAAGACCGCAGGAGCUCGCUGCCUGUAUUGAGGACGGCCAGGCGGGUAUCCAACUAUGCAGCGCUGCGGGAGAGAAGAUGGUCUACUGCCGUCUGGAAAUCUCUACUACCCACCCGCAAGGAGAGGCCAGACUCUGCGAAUGCAAGCCGGCGCGAGACCCAAAACCAGGACACAUCCGCCUCGCGUCAAAAUAUUGGAAGCAAGCGGCCCCCACGCAGCCCGCCACCGCGCGUCUCAAACCAUACCCUUUCUCUCAAGGUGGCGGUUGGAUGUGGCAAUAUUUGUGCCUUCCAUGUGGGCGGGACAGCCGAGACUGAGAGCUCACUGGGCCGCUGGGAAUUCUUCAUUGGAGAUCACCCGCACCUGUCAGAGGGGGAUGGAGAGCGCCAGCCUGUCGAGCAAAUCAGCUUAGUAGAGGGUUUCCUGGAGGCGGGGGAAGUCGGCCUUAGUGCAGAGGUCAUUGCACAGGGUCUUGCCACAGAAGGGGAGGCCAAGUCCGACGGCUUUGAGGACUUCAUGAAUCUGGGGAAAGAUGUGAGAGCGAGUGCGCUGGAUGUGCUGCGCAUGCACCUGCCUGACAGCCUUGCACAGCGCAUAGAGGCAGGCCACCUGGCAUUCAUCAAUGAGAUCAGAAGGCCCACAACAAGCAGCAUGGACCCAAUCACAAGUGUCCAGGCGGCGAUUGAGGUGGUCCAGCGGAUCAUGAAGCAGCACGAGGGGUCCUUCCUGCAAUUACGCUGUGAUGAGAAGGGCUUUCUGUCCAUCUGCGCAUUUGGUCUGCCGGGCAAGGCCCAUGAGGAUGACCCCUCACGAGGCAUCCGCGCUGCCAUCGAUAUUGUCAACUCCCUGGAGAAGAUUCAAGAGGAGGGUGUGGUGGGCGUGACCACUGGCCAGUUGCUGUGCGCAUGCGUGGGAUCGGACUUGCGCAGCGAAUACACUGUGUACGGGGAUGCUGUCAAUCUCAGAGCCCGCCUCAUGGUCAAGGCUGCAAGCGGGCUGGGCUCCGUGCUCUGUGACUACACCACACACCAGCUGGGUGCUGGUGCGGCUGCUUUUGUCAAGCCAGAACCCAUCAAGGUGAAAGGGAAGGCCUUUCCUCUGGAUGUCUUCAUAGCGGCGCCCAAGGCGCAGGACUUUGACAUGGCAUCCAUGACGGAGCAGCAGCUGCAGCCUCAAGCCAAGCUCUCAAGCUCCAAGCUGGCUCUGUUUGGUGUCGCUGCUACAGCCAGACACAGGCCGAUCAUUGGAGCAGAGAAUGCGCUCGCAAAGAUCUAUGGGCGAGUGGACAGUCUGGUGGAGGCUGCAGAGGGGGGCUGCAUCCUGAUAGAGGGAGAUGCCGGCAUGGGCAAGAGUCGGCUGAUGGAGGAGAUCCAGCGCUCCAAUUUGGGAGGCAACCGGGACGCCAUCACCAUGCUCUUCAGCUCUGCUGACUUUGACCACCGAGGCCAGGCGAUGUACCCGUGGCGGCGGGUAUUCAAGGGCCUGUUUCAGCACGACCGAGCGCACGGGCAGCUCUACUCCAUGCGCCGGCGCGACGGCCGCGGCCGGCCCAUGGUGGUGUCCAAGCUGGGCAAGCGCCUGGCCGACGCCGAGGCCGACUGGCGCCACUGGACCAAGUCCCUGGCCGGCCUGCUGGAGGUGCUAGAAGAUGAAAUGCCCACGCUGCCGGCCGCCAAUGCCCAGGUAUCUGUUGAACCUGGCAUCAAGGCGGGCCCAAAGAGGCAGAGGAAGUCACUGGCGCAUGCAGUGCCCCUGCUAGGCCACCCCUCCAAAUCCAUGCCCAUGAUGCAGCAGCAGAGCAUGCCUAUCUUCAAGAUGCCGGACAGCGCUAAACCAAUUGGGAACCCGUUUGCAGGCUUCGCAGAAACGGCCGUGACAAGGCUGGACUCGUACCAGAAGCAGACCAGCCAGCGCACCGUGUCGGACCUUCUAGCGGAGACGGUGUCAUCCAGCAUGCACAGGUCGGCAUCGCAGGGCGCCCUGGAGGGCCGCAGCACGUCCCUGCAGAAGGCCCAGGAAGCAGAACCCAUUGAUGUGCGCGAGGGGUCCAACAGCACACCAAUCAACCCGGACCAGUAUGCACAGUCCAAGGGCAUGCAGACGCCGGACCGCUCGGCGCUGCAGGGCAGCAUAGCCCGGUAUGCGUCAGGCAUGAAGAGCAGGAUGUCCCAACGCCCGCUGCCCACGGGUGCGGACGCCGUGCAGAUGCCCAGCUUGUGGUCGAGGGAAGUGUCCAAGUCGCCGAUGCCUUCUGUCAGCACGCCCCGGGUCCCGCAGAAGAGCGCCUUGCACGGGGCUCUGGCAAAUUUGCUGCGCGGCCAGAAGGGGUUGAGGGACGCAAAGAGGGCCGCAGCACUGAUGGCCCAGCCGCCGCUGACCCAGCAGAACAGCCUGGCGAACAUUGCCAGCAACAUGAAGGCGGCGAGCGGGGAGGCACUCAGCCGCGCGCACAGCCGUCAGGCAGCUGCCGAGCAGCAGCCGUCGCAGCCGCAGCAGCAGCUGCGGGGUCACAGCGCAUCCCGGCAGCCGGUGCAGGCCAGCGCCUUCAGCACAACAGGCCUCAGCGUCCACAGCCGGGACAGCAGCUGCUCCGGCUUCAACUUCUUCGGUGGGGCCAACAGCAGCCCCGGCUCCUCUGAGGCUGGCGGCCCGCGAACGGCCGGCAUUCUGAACUUCUCAGCCGCCACGCUGCAGCGGCCGCCGGUGCUCGACAUGUCCGCCGCGACCAGCCGGCGCACCAGCGACAGCAGCAUGGCCUCCAGCACGCGCGUGUCGCAGUCGGGGGCGCCGCCGCAGCCGCACUUGGCGCGCUCGAGCAGCAGCCCGGCCCCGGUGCCGGCUGCCGCCCGGUCGGACGAGCUGGCGUCGAGCGCGCCGCGGCGGCGGACCCUGCAGGGGGAGGAUGAAGGCAGCUUGGAGCGCACGCUGCACAUGGGGUUCCACAGCAGACAGGCGCUGACACCCAUCCGCAGUGGCGAGGUGGAGUCCUUCAAGCGGCCCACGCAAUCGUGGCAGCCGCUCAGGUCGGCCUUUGGCGAUGCCGCGCUGCACGAAACAAUCGACGUGGUCAGCUGGCCGUCUGAGAGCGAGGUCAGCACCGCAUGCCCGUCGCCGGCCAACCGGUCGAGCAGGCUCUCCGACACCGCCGGAAAGCUCCAGCACAAGAGGAGCGGCGAUGGGGGCCCGCUAGAGAGGAUCAAGAGGAUGUGCAGCAGCCCCCUGGUGGGCCACAUGCUCGGCAGGUUGGCAUCCGGGGCAUUACCGAAAGCCCGGAGACCCAGGGGCCUGUCAGACACGAAGACAAAUCCAGACGGCGGUCCAGAGACCCCAGCAAGCAUCGAGACAGGGGAGUUACAGCUGGGGUUCAGCGCGCCUGCCGGCCUUCACGAGGCGUGCGAUGCCGCCAUAGCGGCUCUGAGCAUGCAGCAGGCGCCACCGCAGCCCAAGUCAAUGCUACGCAAGGCCUCAAGGAGCACAUUUGGCUCCUUGUUCCUGAGGAAGCAACAGUCCAGCGCGCUGCAGCCAUGGCACUCACCGCUUCCCGAUGUGAUGCCGCAUGUCCCAAGUCAAACUCAGGGCUCUGGCUCGGCAGCCCGGAUGAAGGGCCCACAAGGGCUCCUGUCUCGGGCGGCUCUGAGGGAGGCCCUCACAAGCUCGCCGAACGCUUUCGCAUCAGCGAGGAACAAUGAGAGCUUACAUUCGCAGGAAGAUCUCAGGCAGAUGAGCUCGCCGUUCUUGACUUUUGCAACCUUCCAACAGCAGGCAGAUAUAAAGGCCUCGAAAUUCGGCCAGGUGCUGCGCACAAGGAGCACCAGCUUGGACAGCAUGGCUGGGUCAAGGACUUCUGGCAGAGGGCUCAGGCGCAGCGAGACAACCAUCAACGUAGACCACUCACACACGCUGGGCGGCAUGCCUCACGCCAAGGAGCUGCUCAUUCUCGCCCUGAGGGAGUGGACAAAGGUGUAUGGCCCGCUUGUUGUGCUGCUGGAGAAUUUUGACAGGGCCGACGCGCUGUCGUGGUCGCUGCUGUCCCGUUGCGCUGAGGAGAUUGACAUGCCCGUCAUGGUCAUCGUGGCAGUCAGGCCCAACGACGGCGUCUUUGCCUCUCCCCUUCCAGGGCAGGCGGCAAAGGCAGCGCUGCACGCGAAGAUGUCUACGCUGCUGGAGGACAUCCGGGAGAACCCCUUCACGCUGCGCAUGGUGCUGCAGCCCUUCACCCCCGAGCACACCCAGGCCUUCCUCAACGCCGCGCUGGACGGCGUGCUUGUCAGCUCGGACGUGGCGCACAAUCUGUGGGAGAAGACCGGCGGCCUGCCCCUGUACAUCGAGCAGCACAACCUGUGGGAGAAGAUCGGCGGAAUGCCUCUGUACAUUGAACAGAUGGUGGUGUACAUGCAGCAGCACCAGGCGGGGCGGGAGGGUGCGGUGGAGCAGGCUGACCUGUCGGCAUUCAUCCGCAACACGGUCACCAUCCACUCCCUCAUCACCGACCGCGUCGACCGCCUGCGCCCCAGCCAGCAGCUCACCCUCAAGGUGGCGAGUGUGAUGGGGAUGUCGGUGUCGCUGGACCUGCUGCUGGACAUGUACCCGAUCGCGACCAGCCGCGAGGCCCUGCAGCGCGACCUCAUCGACCUCGAAGCCGCCCGCUUUCUGCGCGCCACCGAUGUCCCCGGCACCUGGAUGAUGACCCAGGUGCUGGCGCGGGACGUGGCGUACGAGCUGAUCCCCUUUUCGCAGCGGCGCGCUUUGCAUGCUGACCUGGCGCGCGCCCUGGAGGAGGACGGCCGCGCGGGCUGCGUGCCGGCCACCAUCCUGGCCUACCACUGGACCCACUCCUGCGCCGGCGUCGAGGCCGGCGAGUGGCGCCGCGCCCUCCAGGCUGUGUGGUGGUGGGAGAGGGCGGCGCAUGCAGCGCAAGAGGAGGGGAUUGAUCCGUCGGAGGCGCUGCGGCUGUUCCAGAGGGCGGACGAGAUCGCGGCCGUGCUCAAGGCCUCCUACCGGGCGCGCUCCCAGACGCAGCUCGGCCACAAGUCCCUCUGGCCCGGCCACACCCGGCCCUCCUCCCACCUCGUCGGCCCAUCUUUCAGGUCAUCGGGGUGGAGCAGCAUGGUGGUGCACCCGGUGCGACGCGCGCAGUGGCAGCGCUGCAUGGCGGCCUGCGGCCUCGCGCUGGGCGACCUCGACAAUGCGCGCCGCCACGCCCUCCAAGCCCUCCACCACCUAGGCGCCCCCCUUCCCUCCGACCCGAGCCGUCGCUCCUUCGUGCUCCGCUCCUGGCUCGCCCUGGGGCCUCUGGGGUGCCUUAGCGGGCCGGCCAACAGGAGGGUGAGCGCGGAUGGGAGCGAUGAGGUGGACAUCUCCCUCGUGGGCGACUUUGCAGCCUGGGUGGAGGAGUCUGCCACCGGCUCCGGCCAAACUCCCCUGGAAGGCACUGUGGAUGACACAGAGGAGGACUGGCAAGGCAAGCGCAUGCAGGAGGCGGCGAGAGUGCUGGGGCUGCUUGUCAAGGCCUCUUUGAUGCUCACACCAGUCGAUGUUGACGCCCUGAAGUACAUCUGCGCCACGGCAGCCUCCUUGCAGGGCAAAAGGAUAUGGGGGCGUGUUCCCCAGACAAGCUUGCUGUACCCGGUCAUGUCAGAAUGCAGAGCAGCGUUGUUGGAGGCCAGUCCACAGCAGCACAGAUCGAGAUUCUUCCGCCUGAAAUGA